AUGGUUGAAUGGGAGCCUACUUUAAUGGCAUCCCUUAUUGGGCAGGUGAGCAUGGCUUCUCCAGAUUGGCCUCAUGGGCAAAGGGACUGGUGGGUCACGUUUGGUCUGUGAGCUGGAGGUUCUGCACCCCUGAACUACAGCAUAUUCCAAAGAUGGUGAGGAAUCUGGAAACCAAGUCCUAUGAGGAACAGUUGAAAAAGCUGGGCAUGGUUAUCUUGGAGAAGGAAAGGUUAAGAGGAGGCAGGAGAAUAGUUCUCAAAAAUUCCAUAUUUUGGGAGAAAUUGCAUGCUUUUGUACAUAAGCUGCUGUUUCUGUUCUAAAACUUUCCUGGUAAUGCCUUUCUCGUUUUCUCUCUUUCUAGCUCUGUAUCCUCUCCUGUAUCCAGCUCCGUUCAAGACUGUUUGGCAGAAUUUGUCUUGGUUCAUGUGGUGCCUUUCAGGGAGUAAGAAGGUUAGACACACUAAGAUGGCAUGCAUCUUGGGUUUUAGUGCAGAAACAGUCUAUUCCACAGAGUUCCUCUGACAGUUGAUGCCUUUUAUACAGAUGUCUUCAUGGCAUAACCUUAAAUGGACAAGGUCAUGCUGUGGAGCUGUUAUACCAUAACUCAUGAACUAGUAAGGCCUGCUGAUGUUGCAUGAUACCAGAGCAUAACAGCACAGGUUAGGUGGAGCUGUUAAGCGAUCAUGGGACUCGGCUUAGUAGCAGAGCCUUUCCUGUGUCUUGCUGCAAAAUUAUAUGAAUAUUUGGGGGAACCCAUUGCCCUGAACAAUGGAUAAAUUUACAGUACAAAAUUAACCCUUUCCUGGGGGAGGCCCCAGAAAGCAAUUCUGGAGAAACACUUGUUUUGUGAGGGUGCUUAUAAUUAUUACAUGAUUGUAAUCCCCUUUAUUGAACCACACUUCCAAGGACUUAACUGAGAACCAUGAAGCUAUAGACAAAGUCUGUAAAUAUGUGACACAUGACACAUUUUAUCUGGCUUUGAGGUCCUGUGACAGAAAAGAUGAAAUUGAAAUUGCUGGCUAAAUGCCACUUAUAUCAGUCUACAGACCUACCUGGCAUUUUGCUUACACGGAGAACCUGACUCUGUUUAGCUUGAACUAAAAAUUAACUAUUUUAUACGUAACACACCCUGAGACCUUGUGGGAAAAGGGUGGGUAGGAAAUAUUUAAGCCCCUGAUGCUGAACUUUUGCUGUCCUUUAUUUAUACAGAUGGUACAAGCUUCGCUCCAAACCAGGAAAGAAGGAAAAAGAGAGAGGUGAGAUUGAGGUGGAUAUCCAAUUCAUGAGGAGCAACAUGACAGCCAGCAUGUUUGAUCUGUCCAUGAAAGAUAAGUCACGGACACCAUUUGGCAAACUGAAACACAAGCUAAAGGGGAAAGGAGGCAAUGGAUUGCCAGACACAGCUUCAGCUAUUGUUCCUAGCAUUAGUCACUCCCCGGCUGACAGUGAGGAAGAGUCAAAUGAGAAAGAAAAGAAAAAAUCAAAGUUCAGGACCUUAUUCUCAAAUGUUUUAACAGUUGUGUAAUUUACAAAAUGUGCUAAGUAGUAAAAUGUGCCAUUUUUUACAACUUUUUCUUUAUAAUGGUUAAAGCUGCACUUCUUGUAUUAUUUAAAGGCAGUGCUUGGAAGCUGUGAAGAAACAGAAGUGUUUACAUGAUUGUGCCUAAUAGUUGUAAAUGAGUAGGAUGCAGGUGGGUCUCAGUGGUCCCCAGCCCCAGUGUACUGCUGUUGUUAAGAGCCAUCAGUUGAUCUAGGGCUGGAUUAGGUAUUAGUAUUUUCAGUAGUAUUGGGACUUGUGCUUUCACUGUUCUGAUGCUGAUUUCUUUCUUUUCAGAACCCUCCACAAAUGAGGGUCACAGAAGAGGUCAUACCUCAGAUAAGAGCGGCACUGCGGACCUCCGAAUCACAAAGGCAUCCUUGAACCCUUUUGACGAAAACAUCUCAGCGGAAGAGAAGCCAGAAAAAAACUCAGCUUCUGUGAAACCAUCUCAGACCAAACGCGUCAAGCCCAGGUUAGUCUUGAGAAAUGAUCUUCUCAAUUGAAUUUUGAGAUCUUGAGAUGCUUUAAGGCUAUUGCCACCCAGUGGUUUUCAUUGUAUGUCAUAGAAAAUAUCUACUUUACAGGGUGAGUAAGAACUUUCCUCCUGAUAGGGCAGGCAUGCCCUGUGUAGGUUUCAGUUGAUUAGUAACUCUGCAGGUAAUUUGUAGGGUUUCUGUCUCUAGCCUUCUUGAAAGGAGAGAAAUGGCAAUGCAUGCUGCCUUCAGAACAAAGAUGAUCCACAUUCUUGCAAGGGGAGGGCAAAGAGAGCGAGUCAGUCCCUCUUCUGCCUCCAGGAUGGAAUGAUGUCUAGCAAAGAAUGUAAUCCCCUUUAUUGAACAACACUUCCAAGGACUUAACUGAGAACCAUGAAGCUGUAGACAAAGUCUGUAAAUAUGUGACACAUGACACACUUAAUCUAGCUUUGAAGUCCUGUGACAGAAAAGGUGAAAUUGAAAUAUAGGUAACUCGCAAUGCUUAUUUUACCUACGUGAUUGCUGAUUUGGGCCGGGGGGUGGAGCAGAACAAACAAACAAAUGGAGAGUGGAGGAAACAUUACAGAGCAGCAUCCUAGAGCCCUCGGGCUGCCUGCCGAGAACCAGGUAAGCGCGACACCUGGUUCUGAGGGUUCCUGGCUUUACGCGAUUUUGCUUUUAUGUGCAAUGGCCAGGAAUGUAACCACUACAUAAGAUGCAAGUUAGCUGUAAUUAUAUCUUCUGUUAGUACAGGCAUAGGCAAAUGGCUCUCCAGAUGUUUUCGGAUGACAGCUCCCAUCAUUCCUAGCUAACAGGACCAGUGGUGAGGGAUGAUGGGAGUUGUAGUCCCAAAACAUCUGGAGGGCUCCUCUGUUCCAGGAGUGACGUCCUUAGCAUUUUAGAAAUCUUUGCAUGAUGCUUCCAGAGUAACUAUUUCUGAGACUCAUGUGGUAAUAUGGAUAAAUUAUUUCAUAACAGCAUGUUCUCCUUUUAAAAUAGGUUAUUUGUUCUCUUCUCUUCCUCUUCCCCUUUACUUUUUCUUUUCUUUCCUUUUUCGAAAAUUGGCUUUGCUGGCUAAAUGCCACUAAUAUCAGUCUACAGACAUACCUGGCAUUUUGCUUACACGGAGAACCUGACUCUGUUUAGCUUGAACUAAAAAUUAACUAUUUUAUACGUAACGCACCCUGAGACCUUGUGGGAAAAGGGUGGGUAGGAAAACUUAACGCACCCUGAGACCUUGUGGGAAAAAGGUGGGUAGCCCCUGAUGCUGAACCUUUGCUGUUCUUUAUUUAUACAGAUGGUACAAGCUUCACUUCAAACCCACCACCCUUUCUGUUAUUCCAGAAGUGGGAUCGGAUGAUGAGCAGCUGAGUGAUUAUUCCCAGGGUACUGAAAAGAUUGCAGUUUCUGGAGAUUUGUCCAGGAGUGGAGAUGGUUCCUCAGAGUUACGGUCCUCCAUUGAGGGGGGAGAGCUGACAGCAAAUAAAAAGGGGACUGGUGAGAGGCAGACUGUAUCGCUACUCAUGAAGACAAGUGCUCCUGAUGAUGGAUUUGAACUAAACAAACCAUUGGUUGCACCUUCAGCACUAGCCCUUGAAAAUGCAAGCCGUGAUGUAAAGGGAUUGGAGCAGAAGAAUGCUGACAGCGCAAAAGAAAAUAGACAGGGUGAUAGUCCUGAGUUCUCUGUUAAGCCUGUUCAUCUUUCCCCUCUGCCCAGUUCUUUUCACUCUAUUAAUUCUUUCCAAUCUGAUGCAGAGCCUACGAAAAAAGCUACAGCAGAGGGCUUGGGUACCAAAGUGGAUCCCUCUGGCAAGAAGAAGCUGCUCCAGGCAUGGGUUUCACCCCCUGAAACACAUCCCAAUCAGAAUCUGCAGAGUGACGGAACUUAUCCUGCUAAGCUCAGGUGAGAGGAAUUUGGGGGGGGGGGGAGCAAAGAUAAAGGCUCAAGUGCUAUACUGUGCAUGGCUUUGAUUCUUCCCUCCCCUUUUUAACGCAGUAAGGGAUUUUGUGUCCUAUGGACAGGUGAAAAUCUUUCCUUGUUGAUCUGUAUCUAUUUCUUGUAGCAAUGUCAAUGAAGAAAUAAAACUGAGCAAAGGUUUGUUUUGCUUAGGCAGUAAUCAGACUCUAUUUUCACAUUGUUGUGACAUGACUAAAGGUAUCAUAAACAGGAAUCAGCACUUCAUAUUUUACCUCUAAUUUUACUUUAUUUUUUAAACCCACUGUCCUGUUAAAAUACUAAAUAUAGUUUUCAUGUUCUGCCAAAAUAAGUGCAAGCAGCAGUUGGAUAAAUGCUUAACAAUUUACUGCGGCACAGGUUUUGUGUUACCUAGAUUUCUGAAGUGUUCCACGGGUGUAAUUUAACUAAAAAAGAAACCAAGGCAAACUUUUGCAAUAAACUUUGUUGAAAACUCUAUUUUUCACACUUGCCAAACAUCUGGGUAACUACACAAAUAUCCAAGGAACCAACCAUAUUUUAUUUGGGGGGGGGAGGAGGAACAGAUGUUUAGAACCAUCAAGAGUGUCAGACUAGGAUUCCACUCAGUGAUGGGCCAGUCUCUUAUCUCUAUGUCUAACCUCCUUCACAGGGUGGAAGUGAGGAAAAUUGGGGGGGGGGCAUGUAUUCAAAGUCCUUGAAGGGAUAUAAAUAAAUAGGUAAGUAAAACUUUUGAUUUGAGAGCUUCUUAAUCAGUCUUGAAGUGUAGAGAGGAGGGCAGAAUAAAUCUUCUGUUUUAACAGUAAAUAUAAAAUCUAAACUUGCACUAAUAGAGGUACGUAGAAGAGGAAAAUGUGCUUUAUUCUUUUUAGAAGCCAAAGCAGGAACAUGUGUGCAUGCAGUGCUUCAUGCAAGACCAAAAGUAAAGGUAAAGGUAAAGGGACCCCUGACCAUUAGGUCCAGUUGUGGCCGACUCUGGGGUUGCAGUGCUCAUCUCACUUUAUUAGCCAAGGGAGCCGGCGUAUAGCUUCCAGGUCAUGUGGCCAGCAUGACUAUUCCGCUUCUGGCGAAACCAGAGCAGCGCACGGAAAUGCCAUUUACCUUCCCGCCAGAAGGUUACCUAUUUAUCUACUUACACUGUGUGCUUUCGAACUGCUAGGUUGGCAGGAGCAGGGAGCGAGCACCGGGAGCUCACCCUGUCGCGGGGAUUCAAUUCACCGACCUUCUGAUCGGCAAGUCCUAGGCUUUGUGGUUUAACCCUUCAGACCAAAAGGAGAACUGCACAAAAUUGUUCAGGUACAAAGUACUAUAGGAUUGCCUGAACUAAUUGUGUGUGCUUCUUUCAGACUUCAUCCUGUGAAACCAACGCAUACUACAACAAGCAAAUCGUCUGCAAAAAACCAGAGCAUAACAUCAAAGAUCCUGGAUAACCAAAAUGAAGCCGAUAUAAAGGUAAUUUAAGACAUACUAUAUUUUAAAACCUAAUUGGGUGGUCUGUGCCCUGAGUUAGGAAGCUUGUAAAUUUAUUGGCGGGAUUAGACAAACUGCAAAGGGGUAUAGUCGUUUGGAGACAGAAAUGUGUUCACGUUUUCUAGGUGUACGAUUCCCCCUGCCCAUGCUAUCCUACCCAUCUGGGCAAUUUUCUGAGCCUUUUACUGACACAAGUUUAGAUCUGUGAGUGGGUAUGAAUUCCCCAGGCUCAAAACUUGCUAUCUUCACCAAAGGACUUUGGCCUGAAAGGGAUUUUUGUUUUCAGAUAAGCAAGGUUUAGUGAUUUAGUGCCUCCAACUAAUAUUGCAAAUGAUCUGUUUGGUGUUUGAGCACAAAACCUGAAUUAUUAUCACUUAACUGAAACAACCACUACUGCUGCUGCUUUGUAUUUAUUUAGUACUUUUUGCAUGUUAUGAGGAGGGUCUUAUCUUCACUUUUCCAUGUUUAUUACUGGGAAGAAAUAGUUGAAGGCAGGUGUACAGAAACCUUGUAUGCACAUUUGUCUGCAUGCCAUAAAAGUACUUACUGGCAAAUCCUGAAAUUCUAGUUUUUGGUGAAUCUUCAGUAGCUUUUAAGAUGCUUAGAUAGAUGACCUCUUUGCUCUGAAAUCAUUCCUGGGCUUCCCCAGUAAUCCCUGAAACCAAAGGUUUCUAUACCUUCCUUCUGAUCCUUUGACGCCACCCUUGCAACAGUGCUCGAUAUUAAAAUGACUUUAACCUGUUCAUUCUUCCUUCCUAAAGAAAUAUGAUCCUUCAGAUCCCGCCUAUGCUUAUGGUCAGCUGACACACAGCGAGCUGAUCCAGCUGGUCUUGAAGCAGAAAGAUGUGAUUGCAAAGCGAGAUCAGCAGGUGCGGGAGCUGGAAGACUACAUUGAUAACUUGCUUGUCAGAGUUAUGGAGGAAACCCCUAACAUUCUUCGAGCUCAAGCUCAUGUGAAUAAGAAAGCUGGAAAGAUGUGA